CUCUCCGCGCCCCACGUGACGGGGGGAGCGGAAUGCCGGGUCACGGGACCGGAAGCGGCGGCGGCAGUGGCGGCGGCGGGCGGGGCGCGGGCGGGCGGGGCCUGCUGCGGCUCGCCAUGGGCUGCUGCUACAGCAGCGAGGCCGAGGCCUCCGACCAGGAGGAAGAGACGAAGCGGCUGCUGGAGCCGGCGGCCAGCCCUCCCAACAAGGUGCUGAAUGGAGCGGAGCAGAGCUACCACAACCUGCCGUCAGCGCGCACCGACGAGCAGGCCAUGCUGUCCUCCAUCCUCGCCAAAACGGCCAUGUAAGCCCCGAGCCGUGCUGCUGCGGGCUGCCUGCCCGGCUCACGGGGCCCGGCACGGA